GCUCCCGCUUUACUCCACAGCAACAACCGCUCCAACACUUCAGUUCUCACUCCACAGCUCAGAGUCAGAGCUACUAGCAAUGGCAGCGGCGACCAUGGCGCUCUCCUCCCCCGCGAUGGCCGGCACCCCGGUGAAGGUCUCCAGGGCCACCCCCUUCGGCGAGGGCCGCAUCACCAUGCGCAAGACGGCCGCCAAGCCCAAGGUGUCCGCGUCCGGCAGCCCGUGGUACGGCUCCGACCGCGUGCUCUACCUCGGCCCACUCUCCGGCGAGCCCCCGAGCUACCUCACCGGCGAGUUCCCGGGCGACUACGGCUGGGACACCGCCGGGCUCUCCGCCGACCCCGAGACCUUCGCCAAGAACCGCGAGCUCGAGGUCAUCCACUGCCGCUGGGCUAUGCUUGGUGCCCUCGGCUGCGUCUUCCCCGAGCUGCUCGCCCGCAACGGCGUCAAGUUCGGCGAGGCCGUCUGGUUCAAGGCCGGCUCCCAGAUCUUCAGCGAGGGAGGCCUUGACUACCUCGGCAACCCCAGCCUUGUCCACGCCCAGAGCAUCCUUGCCAUCUGGGCCUGCCAGGUUGUACUCAUGGGCGCCGUCGAGGGGUACCGUGUUGCCGGUGGCCCGCUCGGUGAGAUUGUUGACCCACUCUACCCAGGCGGCAGCUUCGACCCCCUUGGCUUGGCUGACGACCCAGAGGCAUUCGCUGAGCUCAAGGUGAAGGAGAUCAAGAACGGCCGCCUCGCCAUGUUCUCCAUGUUUGGGUUCUUCGUCCAGGCCAUUGUCACCGGCAAGGGUCCCCUCGAGAACCUGGCCGACCACCUGUCCGACCCAGUGAACAACAACGCCUGGGCCUUCGCCACCAACUUCGUCCCCGGCAAGUGAGCUUAGUUAGCAAGCUCCAGCGCCUGCUCUAUGCUGAGGCGCUUGGCCGACGACGUCAUUGUUGAUGAUGGAUGCUGCUGCAUGUGUCGAGAUUGAGUCAGGAGUCAGGACUGAUAGAUGUUGCAUGUGAAAGUCAGAGAUGAGGAGUUGGUGUUGUACACUAAAGAUGGUGUUUGUGUAAUAUCCCUCGGUUAUUUGUGAGAUGAAUCCGGGCAUCUUUGUUCUUCUGCUCA